GCCGGUGAAAAGCUCUGAAUGAGCUUCUUUCCUCUGAAAGGAUAAACAACUCUUUUGUUGCGAGGAAGAAAAGACACUUGCCUUUUUGGUGAGGGAAUUGUUCAGCAGGAUUGGGUCAGGAAAAUGAAGAAAAGCCUAACUCAGUAGAAACCUUUUUUUUUCUAUGCACAUUUCCUUGUCAUUUGUUUCUUGAUAAAAGUGCAUACAGGUAUUUUAUCUGAUUGAGAGAAGUUGCCCAGUGAAGUACCUUGCAUCGGCCCUUGUGUGGAGAUCUGAACUGUCCCUCAGACUUGAGCUCUGGGAUUCCUGUGACCUGCUUUUGUUAACCCUGACUUUGCGUGUGUUGCCACUGUGAGGUUAAGAGGAGAUUCAGGCUAUUAGUUUAACUUAGGAUUAGAAAGGGAGGGGGGGUGUUAAAAAAUAAAGGGUUUGGCUGUGGGGCGCAGUUUCUGCUUGAUCUUCAGGCCAUAUGGUUUGGCAAGUGCAGCGACGCCGGUCACUAUCUGUGUUCUAAUUAAUGUGCAGAUGAGCCAGUAGGGAGGCUGCUAUUUAUGUGAUUGGAGUGGGGGCCGUACAUGUGACCCCCAGGGACGUGCAAGCAGACAAAGAGAGCUUCUCCCCCAGCUGUGCCACCACAGUCAAGAGGCGGGAGCUACUCGACCCCACAACCUCUGCCUCGGUGGCCAGCAGGAGCUCACAUGAUGCAUCACUGUUCAGUUCUGAGAUCUUGACAAUCACUGCACUCACCCCAGGCUGAAGGGGAGGACCGGGUCGCUGGGCUAAGUGGGGGUAUGUGGUACGAGUAAGGGGUCAGACAUCGGGGGACUGAGCUCGCGCCAGAACAGUUCACUCUUUUCACCCUGCUUUCCCCGUCGUGUGAGAUAUGGAGUUGUAGAUUUACUCCUUUUCUUAGAGAGGAUUUAAGGAGAGUGAGUGGCAGUGUGGCUUCCCAGCAGCAGCGCAUUUACAGCUGUGCGUGGACAGUAGUGACUGGAGAAGCCGGCUGAGAACCGCAUCGUCACUCCCGUCGUGUUCCACCCCAUGCUUCGCUCUGGGAGUACCGUUAUUUCUGGGGAUGUGGGAAUGUGGCAGCAGUGGGUGGGUGAGCCACCUUUGGGAGCUGGAUGCAGCGAUGGAUUAACCUGUUCUGUCUGGAACGCAGUGGAAGCGUCUCGCAGUGACUGCUGGAAGGAGCAUUAACGAAGUUUCCUCCUUGGGAAACCACUGGAGUUUGAGCUGAAAUUGGACGCUUUGUAUUUUUUUUUCUCUCUCUCUUGUUCCUUCUCUCCUUCCUUAACCUGGGGCCCCCUCAUCCGCCCACUCCCUGGCCCGGGGGUGUGGAGUGGAGCAUGACCAGCUGUCAGUACCCUAUUGCUUCCCCGGAGCGAGACAGGAUGUACCAGCACAAAGUCUCGCUGGUGGUACGCUACUUCAUGAUCCCCUGCAACAUCUGCCUGAUCCUGCUGGCCACCUCCACGCUCGGCUUUGCUGUGCUCCUCUUCCUCAACAACUAUAAACCUGUCCACUUCACUGCAGCGUCGCCCCCUGAUGGCUGUCGGGGGAUGCUCUGUGGAUUUGGGGCAGUGUGCGAGAGAGACCCAGCAGACCAGUCCAAAGGGACCUGCGUGUGUAAGAGGACAGUGUGCCCCCUGGUGGUGGCACCAGUGUGCGGUUCCGACAACUCCACCUACUCCAAUGAGUGUGAGCUGGAGAAGGCGCAGUGCAGCAUGCAGAGGAGGCUCAAGGUGGUGCGCAAGGGGCCCUGUGGCCAUAAGGAUCCUUGCAGUGUGGUGACCUGCAGCUACGGCAGUACAUGUGUGCAGUCGUCCGACGGCCAGUCAGCAAAGUGCAUGUGCCCGUUGUCCUGCGAUGGGCAGCCAGAGCAGACUGUCUGCGGCAGUGACGGCAAGGACUACCCCAAUGAGUGCAUGCUGAACAAGCACGCCUGCGCCACCCAGAGGAACAUCAGGAAACAGCACAAGGGGCCCUGUGAUCCCUGCAAGAACAACCAGACCAGUGAGAGCUCUGGGUGCUGGGUGAAACCGCGGACGCGCCAGGCCCAGACGUUUGCCCUCCCCAAGUCGUGCCGCCCUGAUGCCACAGCUCUGUGUGCCAGCGACGGGCAGACGUAUGACAGUGAAUGCAGCAUGCAGCUCACAGGCCGGCUGAAAGGCGUCCUCCUGAAGAAGGUCCAUGAUGGAGAGUGCCGAGUGCACGAGAGCUGCAAGGAGGACUGCCGGUUCAACGCCCUGUGCCUGCUGGACGAGCUCGGACCCCGCUGUUCCUGUGAGCCCAUGCACUGUGAUGGGUCGUACAAGCCACUCUGCGGCAAGGACGGCCACACCUACGCCAACGACUGUGAGCGACGUCGUGCUGAGUGCCAGGGCAAGGCCUACAUUCCCAUAAUGCAGCUGGGCCCUUGUGACCUGCACAUCCCCAGCCCAUGCCUGCAGAGGAACUGUGCGUUCGGGGCGGUGUGUGUGGUGAAGGACGACAAACCCGUGUGUGAGUGCCCCGGCGCCUGCCCCCCGCCCCGGGAGCCCGUGUGCGGCACCGACGGCCAGACCUACGGCAGCCUGUGCCAGAUGGAGACCAUGAGCUGCGUCCUGCAGGAGGAGAUCCAUAUGAAGCACCUAGGGGCCUGCGCUAAGGCAUGCCGGAACUGCUCAUACGGAGCGAUCUGUGAUGAGCAGACCGGACGCUGCGUGUGCUCCAAGGAAUGCGUGAACACCUUCCAGCCAGUGUGCGGCAGCGACGGCAACACCUACAAUAAUGAGUGCGAACUGCACGUGCAGGCCUGCACCCAGAAGACCGAGCUGCGGGUAGCCACCCUGGGCAAGUGUGAGAAGUGUGGUGCCACGGUGUGUGUAUGGGGUGCCCGCUGCGAGCAGGAUAGGUGUGAGUGCCCAGCGUGCCCGGGGCUGCCCUUCAGUCCUGUGUGUGGCAGCGAUGGCACCACCUAUGACAAUGCAUGUGAGCUGCAAGUCGCAUCCUGCAUCCUCCAGAAGGACAUCAGUGUGGCCCGAGCUGGCAGCUGCGAUGAAGAGUGUGGGUCAGGAGCUUCUGGGUCUGGACUGGAUAGCAGCUGUGAGCAGGAGCGCUGUCGUCUGUUUGGUGGUUCGUGGGACGAGGAUUCUGAAGAGGAUCGUUGUGUGUGUGACUUCACGUGCCACAAUGUGCCGCAUAACCAGGUGUGCGGUUCCGAUGGACACACCUACAGCAAUGAGUGUGAGCUGAAGAAGAGACGAUGUGAAAAGCAGGAGCCCUUGGUGACUCACAGCCAAGGGCCGUGCACAAGUACUUCCCCACCUGGCUUGACACAAGCUAAGCACUGCAGUCAAACAACAUAUGGCUGUUGUCUUGACAACACAACAGCUGCCCUGGGUGUAGGACUGGCAGGAUGCCCCAGUACCUGUCAGUGUAACCCUUAUGGUUCCUAUGGGACGUCAUGUGACCCAACCGAUGGACAGUGCUCUUGCAAGCCUGGUGUGGGAGGAGAGAAGUGCGACCGCUGCGAGCCAGGAUUCUGGAACUUCCGUGGCAUUGUCACCGAAAAUAUGAGCGGCUGCACACCUUGCCAUUGUGACAUGCUGGGCUCCGUGCGGGAUGACUGUGAGCAGAUGUCAGGCUUGUGCUCGUGCAAGCCUGGUGUGAAAGGCAUGAAGUGCAACGUGUGCUCUGACGGCACGGAGAUGGGCGCCGGCGGCUGUGACCACGGCUUGGGGGCUAGAUCCUCCUGUGAAGAGAUGGAAUGCAAGUUCGGAGCAUCCUGUGUGGUGGUAAAUGGCCAAGCCCACUGUGAGUGCCCCUCCCCCGACUGCGACAAGAGGAACAAGCCUAAGGUGUGUGGUUCUGAUGGGGAGACAUAUGCAGACCUGUGUCAGCUGAAGACCAUAGCCUGCCGACAGGACAAGGUCAUCACUGUGAAGCACGAGGGGUCAUGCACGGAAACCAUGCACGCUGUUGAGCGGGCGGCCCACCCCACCCUCUCCCUGACCCACCCCCGCUCCACUCCCUUCACUGCCCGCACCACGUCCCUCCAUGGGCUCACCACCACAUCGCCUUUCGACGAUCCGGACGUCACCGCGCCAGUUGACGAGGAGGCCCAGUCCCGCUUCUAUGUAGAAGCCCUCCCACCAGUAACGGUCAGCGAGGACCCCAGCACCCCCGCCAUCACCUCCCGCCGUCCCUCCACCUACCACAAGCCACCUCGCACCACGUCCUCUCCCCCAACCUCCAGCCCCGGAACCUUCUCAUCUACCCUCUACGAGGAUUCGGGCAGUGGGGAACCCAGCGGCGACGACGAGGCCGAGAGUAGUGCUAUGCUGGAGGCUAGCGGGGAAGAUCCUGUUGAGCCCACAGUGACCCGGACCGUCCCUGUGUCACUGGAGAGUCUCUCAUCCUGUGAUGACAGCCCUUUGGGUUGCUGCCCCGAUGGGAGGACGGCUACCAGCGAUCCAGAGGGAACCAACUGUCCCCCCACCAUGAAAUUCAGCGGUUUUCUGCACCUGGAUCAGGUGGAGGGACAGGAGGUCUUCUAUACUCCUGAGAUGGACGAUCCUAAGUCUGAGCUUUUUGGAGAGACAGCGAGGAGCAUUGAGAGUGCUCUAAAUGAGUUGUUCCAAAAGUCGGACAUAAAUAAGGACUUCAAGAGUGUUAGAGUCCAAAAUCUCGCUCCAAGUAACUCCCUCCUUGCCUUUGUGGAGGUCCACCUUGAUGCAGACACCAGGCACACCGUCGAGGAUGUUCAGGGGGCUCUACUGAAAGAAGUGAAGUCAACUAAGCAGACAGCCAUAGUUGUGAAGAAACCAGUGGAGGAGAACAUUCAGUUUAAUAACUAUGGUCUCUCCACUAUCCCACUUUUCACCACUACGACAAUGACCACCACCCUACUGCCAACUGCAUCCUGGGCCAGUCAAAACACCGGUACCAGCCGCAUGCCCUCACUGGGCCGCAGAGCCACCACAGCGUCCCCAGUGACCAGGCCACGCACCACCACAUCAUUCCUCCCCCAGCACACCACACCCUUAAGGGCGAAACUGAUGCCCAAACAUGUGAGGCCUACCCAACCCCCCCAGCCGUGUGCGUCGCACCCCUGCCAUCACGGGGGCACCUGCGAGGAGGACGGCGAUGACUUCACUUGCAUCUGCCCAGCAGGAAGAGGAGGCGCAGUCUGUGAAAAAGUGAUUAAGUACUUUAUCCCGGCCUUUGGGGGCAAGUCUUACCUGGCCUUUCCCACCAUGAGGGCCUACCACACGGUACGCAUCGCCAUGGAGUUCCGGGCUGCAGAGAUGACCGGCAUGCUGCUCUACAAUGGGCAGAAUGGCAAGAAGGACUUCCUGUCACUGGCCCUAGUGUCUGGCCAAGUGCAGCUCAGGUUCGACACGGGUUCAGGCACGGGCACGCUGCUCAGUAAGGUCCGCGUGAAGCCUGGCCGCUGGCACCAGCUGGUGGUGAUACGGAACAGGCGCCAUGCCAUGCUGAGCGUCGACAGCGAGCUGCAUAUCGAGGGCGAGAGCCCUCCUGGCACCGACGGCCUCAACCUGGACACGGACCUCUUCAUUGGGGGUGUGCCGGAGGAGAUGUUACAAGACGUAAAGGAGAAGACGUCAAUCUCUUCCGGCCUGGUGGGCUGCGUGCGCAUGCUGGACGUCAACAACAUGGUGUACAACUUGCAGGAAAAGGCCGGGCAUGUGCUGUAUGGCUCCGGUGUGGGAGAAUGUGGCAGCAACCCAUGCCAACCCAACCCGUGCCGCAACGGGGCACUCUGCCAGUCCAGAGAGGCGGAGUCUUUCCACUGCAAGUGCAUUGAUGGUUUCUCAGGUCCAACAUGCGCUGAUGCCCACAACCCAUGUAAACCAAACAAGUGUCAUCCUUCAUCUCGGUGCGAGGUUCUGCCACAGGGCGGGUAUAAAUGUGAAUGUCCAAUGGGCCGUAAAGGACCACACUGUGAAACAGAAUCCAAGACUGAGCAGAGUGACACCUUCAUGCCCUUCUUCAGUGGGGACUCCUACUUAGAAUAUAGCGGACUACACACCUACGGCAGUGACCUAUUCCAUAAGCUCAGCAUGACAGUGGUGUUUCUAGCCAACGACCCUGAUGGCAUGAUAUUCUACAAUGGACAGAGGAGCGACAGCAAGGGAGAUUUCAUAUCUUUGGCUUUAAAGGAUGGAAUCCUGGAGUUCCGAUACGAUCUGGGCAAGGGCCCCGCCAUCAUCAGGAGCAAGGAGAAGAUUCAGAUGAACGUGUGGAACACAGUGAACCUGGAGCGCGCCAACCGCAAGGGGGAGCUAACUGUGAACGGCAAGGACCGUGUCCGAGGGGAGGCGCCGAAAUCCCGCAAGUACCAGCAUGCUGCCCUCAACCUGAAGGAGUCCUUCUUUGUGGGAGGUGUCCCAGACUUCAGCAAGCUGGCGAGAGCAGCCUCACUAAGCACUAGCUUCAAGGGGGCCAUUCAGAAGAUUACCCUCAUGGGCACCCCCAUCCUAAUGCGAGCGAAUGCACUCCGAUCCCAGGACGUGUCCACCUUCUCCCAGCACGCAUGCACUCAGGGUGUCUGCCUAAACGGGGCCCUCUGCAGCCCACUGCUGGCCAAUUAUGAGUGCAUCUGUCACCAUGGUUUCUCUGGGAAGCACUGCCAAGACAUAAUAAUUGAGAAAUCUGCCGGGGACUCCGAUUCUGUCGCCUUUGAUGGCCAGACGUUCAUCGAGUACCACAACGCUGUCACCAAGAGCCAACUGAAUAAUGAAAUCCCAGAUCCUGAGUUUCUGGAGAACCCAUCAGAUGAGAGCGAAAAGGGCCUCCUGGUGAACAGGUUUGAGCUGAGCAUCAAGACGGAAGCCACGCAAGGCCUGAUCCUGUGGAGUGGCAAGGGAGUCGAGCGUGCAGACUACAUCGCCCUGGCUGUGGUGGAUGGAUGCAUCCAGAUGACCUACGACCUGGGCUCCAAGCCAGUUGUGUUGCAGUCAUCCGUGCCUGUUAACACCAACCGCUGGGUCCGCAUCAAGGCCAGUCGGGCCCUAAGGGAUGGCUCACUGCAGGUUGGCAAUGAAGCCGCCAUUACAGGCUCUUCACCUCUGGCGGCCACCCAGUUGGACACAGACGGAGCUCUCUGGCUGGGCGGCCUGGAGGAGCUGGGCGUCGCACGCCGGCUGGCCAAGGCCUACAGCACCGGGUUUGUAGGCUGCAUGAAAGACGUGAGUGUGGAUGGUGUGGACCUGCACCUGGUAGAAGACGCCUUAAACAAUCCCAAAAUCACACACUGCUCCGCCAAAUAGCCUGGCUCUGCCUCUCCAUGCACAUCCACUGCUGUAAUUAUUUUUCUAUUUGUGUGUACCUUUCAUUGUCUUUUUAUAUUAAAAAAGAAACAUUAUUUUAAAAAUUUUGUUACAUACUGUUUUUCAUUUCUUUUGUUUGGUUUUUAUUUCUCUUUACUUGUAUGAUUCUUUUGCAAAUUUACUGGUGAACAUUGUGUCAAAAAAAGUUGUUAUUUUUAUUGAAAGAGAAAAAAACUCAUCUUGCUCAUUACUUGAAUGCUGGUGCUGGUGUCUUUUCUGUUGUGUUCUGCUGGUGUCAUAAUAUUUCUGUUCUUUCAGUCAAAUGCCAGGAUAUUCUUCAGUGAAUCGCUAUUGUAAAAGGUUUUGCAGAGAAACUGAUCGAUAAUUUCAAUUAAUUAACUAAGAAGAAGAAUGUUUUAUGCUCAUAUGUCUAAUGCAUAUAUGUUUUCUUUCUUUCUUUUAAUACUUUCUAAGGAAAGUUCUGGUAAUAGUGGCCUUCAAGUGAGUUUUUACUGCUGUUACAUACAAUUGCAGUCUUGCAAAGUUACCACAUUCCCUCAUAAUCUGGGAAUUUGGGAUUAUUUAUAUUUAAAAUGGCAAAAUGACAAGCAUUCCAUAAUAAACAUUUCAUCCAGUCCACAUUUUAACAAUGGAAUAGUCCUUAAGCUUUGUAAUGUAAAGAACAAAUCAGACUUACUGUAUAAACUUAAAGUAUGUUUGAACUAGACCAGCUGAUUUGUAUCUGCGGUUGCCUUUCUCCUGUCCAGCUGGAAAAUAAGAGGUGCAAGCAUAUUGCUUUUUGAUUGAAUCAACCCUUUAAUUUUACACUAAAGCGUCAAGUCAGAAUAUUUCCGGAUUAAGUAGUGAAACGUUCUCAACAGAUAUCUGAAACUGUGAAUAUAUCACCGACGUUAUUGAUUCAUUAGGCUAUAGUCUCACAGUUCUUAUAUGUUAUGGGAAAAAGUCAUGCUAUUAAGAGAAUGUACUUUUUCUUGCUGUCAUUUUGUUUUUGCCGUUAUUUCUGUUGUCGGAUGUAUAGAUUUCCCAGGAGCCCUGCAGAGGACAUGUUUUCUGAUGCAAAUAGGAAAAAAAAACAUGCAUGCAACUUCUAAUGGCGCUGAAAAACAAACACAUCUGUGACUUUUUUUUCCCGUUCAUUUCGCAUUUAGUUCUGUGAGGUUCAGUUGGGGCUCUUAUACCAUUGUACCACCAGGUGGGACUGUGACAUAGACUGGAGCCAAGUUUAAAGAAGAAAACACACCGAAAACUUUGGUGACUGACUAUGAAAGGUGCAAGUAAAAAACAGGAGUUAUGGGCGUAUACCAUGAACAUUUACGUGUAUUUGAAAUGUAUUUGUAAAUUAAAGCAUUGAAACAUUUCAAAAAGAAACACAAAUUAUAUAAAUGACAAAGACUAAAAUAGUAUAAAAAAGAUUUUGUAUCAUUUUGUCAAACUCAGUAUUUAAAAAGGCAACAAACGUUAAAAAUGCUGCUGGGUAUUAAUUGGAGAAGAUUGUUGAUUUAAUCGUUCUGCUUGUUAUAUCUGUGUGUUGUGACUUUAAGCUGGAAAGCAUUGUUAAUUCUUUGACUAAAGCUCACAUUUCUCUCUAAAGUACAAUAGCAGAAUUUUCUGGAUAUGGCAAUUGUGUAUAAUCAAUGUGUAGACAGUACCUGGACCAAAAAAAAGGUAAUUGAUUUAAAAAAAAAAAAUAAAGUUCAUUCUUGACAUCAGGAAGGAACCACACCUCUCUGUCUAAGAAACCUGCUGAACUUGUCAUGUAUUUCCAGAAGACAAUGAUCACAUUUCACAGAAUGUUACAUGAUUAAUUUGACCAUCUGUAUCUAAAUGAGUGAAAAUCGGAAUCUGAAGGACCGCUAAAUAAAUAGUCACAUGACUUACUGGAAAAA